AUGGCCUAUGACCGGUAUGUGGCCAUCUCCAAGCCACUGCUCUACAAGGUUGUCAUGUCUCCUGGUGUCUGCAGGAGGCUGGUUGCUGUGUCCUACCUUCCAGGGUUGCUGAAUGCCACCACGCACAUAAGCGCCGUGGUCCGGCUGUCCUGGGGCUCCCCAGUCAUCAACAACUUCUACUGCGAUGGACCACCGCUGUUUGUCGUCUCUUCCACCGACACACGCCUCAAUGAGGGUUUAGUGUUGGUGGGUUUCAGCAUGAUGGCCCCCAGCCCGCUCAUCCUCACCUCCUACGCCCGUGGUGCGGUGGCCUUCAUCGAGCUCACUGGAGAGCAAGCACAUUGUGUCUUCUACACCAUUAUGGUCCCCAUGCUGAACCCCAUCAUCUACAGCCUGAGAAACAAGGAAGUGAAGCGUGCCCUAAGCAGGGUUAUCAGGAGGAAAAUGCACUUCUGA